AUGUCGACUAUAAAACCCCUCGCGACCUUUACUCCGGCCUGCACUGCCCGCACCUGGUCCUCUCAGCCACACCCUCACCUCCCCAUCCUCGCAACAGCGUGUUCCGACAAGACGGUCCGAAUCUACGACUUGAAAUCCUUCACCCAGCAGAGCGUCAUCAGCGGAGGCCAUAAGCGAAGUGUGAGAGCUGUCGCUUGGAAGGACACCGGCAAAGGCGAGAGUGGAGGAGAAAGUGUACUGGCGACGGGAUCUUUCGAUGCGAGCGCAGGCAUUUGGAAGAGGUGGGAGAACGCACAACGCGCGGCAGGGAAGCAGCAGAGCAAUGGAGACACAGACGGCGAUGAGAUUGACUUUACGGGAGGUCUCGCCGGAGGGAAUGCUUCGGAUGAUGAGGAAGACGAAUGGCGCCUUGAAGUGAUCCUCGAUGGUCACGACUCGGAAAUCAAGUCCCUCGCUUUCUGCCCGACCGCACCUUUACUUGCGACCUGCUCACGCGACAAGUCUGUUUGGAUAUGGGAGGAGCUGGAUGAUGGGGAGAAUUUCGAGACGAUGGCUGUGCUGCAGGAUCAUGAGGGGGAUGUCAAGUGCGUGGCGUGGCAUCCGACGGAGCAGUUGUUGGCUAGUGGGAGUUAUGACGAUCGAGUCAGAUUGUGGAGGGAGGACUCGGAUGAUUGGGCUUGUUGUGCGCUGCUGAGUGGGCAUGAGGGCACGGUGUGGUUUGUCGAGUGGGAGCCGACGGUGAACGUGGGCAAGGUGGGAAGUGACAAGGAGGACAGGGAACGAGCAGGACCGAGACUAUUGAGCUGUUCGGAUGAUACCACGAUCAGAGUAUGGAGGCGACGGCCGAGGGAGAAGAAAGAUGGCGCAUUGGGACAAGGCAAGGUGGCGAGUAUAUGGAAGAACUCGGAAUUUGAGGAGGAUUGGUUCGAGGAGGAUCGGUUGCCUAAGGUACAUGAACGACCGGUGUAUUCGGUUAGCUGGAGUGCGAAGAGUGGAUUGGUGGUCAGCACAGGGAGUGAUGGAAAGAUUGUGGUGUAUCGGGAGGUGGAAGUGAGUGGGAAGGAGGAUGUCGAGAUGAGUGAUGAUGCGUCGCCGCCGAGUGCUUCAUCGACGAAGUGGGUGGUAGUGGCGGAAUGGGAGAACGCGCAUGAUGUGUUCGAGGUCAACCAUGCUGUGUGGGCUCCGAGGGUCGAUAAGGGCAAGCGCUUCGAGGAUGAAGAGGUCAUUGUCACUACUGGUGAUGAUGGAGAGGUAAAGCGCAAGGCAGGGCAGAGCCGGCACGAAGGCAUCGUCCAAAGUACCAAAGCGCGCACCAUCGAGACGUCUGCGAGAGUGCGAUGCGCACCUCGACAGCUGGCAUCGGAACUUCGCGGUGCAGCAAUGAGACCGUCUUGA